GGAGGCAGAGCGCCGGCGUCAGUUACAGGUGUCCCGCCCGCAGGAGUGGAGGAUCCCGCUUGGCGCUGGGUGCAGCGAGGGCGCCCACGCCUCGAGAGCCGCGGGAGAAGACGUCCGGGAGAGCGCAAGACUUCGGCGGGGAGCUGCGGCGGCUCAGCAGGUUGAUAUUGGAAGUUUUCUGAUUCUUAGAAAUUGAGUGUAAUGGCCGCAGAAUGUAUAAAGAGUUGCUGUAGAGGAUGUUUCUAUGGUGAAACAGAAAAGCAGAAGUUUUCUGUGGAAAGGGACUUUAAAGCAUCAGUCUCAAAUAGCCAAAACACCAUCUGUACACCUCCACUGGCUUCUGUUUCAGUAAAGCCCCAAGUUGGCUGUAGUGAGGAUUAUUUGCUUUCCAAAUUACCAUGUGAUGGCAAAGAAGUACCAUUUGUGGUGCCCAGGUUUAAAUUAUCUUAUAUUCAGCCCAGGAUACAAGGAACUCCCUCUCAUCUGGAUGAAUUAGAAGGAUCUGUCAGAGCAUCUUUUGGAGAUCAAAAGGCAGAACUCUGCAGUUCAUUGUACCAUGGACCCAGCUAUGAUGUGUAUAAUCCGUGCUAUAUGUAUCAGCACUGUUCACCUGAUUUAAAUAGGCGCUUUCCUUCUCAUUUUGAAACCAAAAAAAUGUAUGGAUCUGUUUGUGAUUUAAGGACCAAUAAACGCCCUGUUUCCCCUGGGCUAAGCAAAUCCAUGUUUGAUCUUACAACUCCACCUCAACGAUUCAUCCAGAGACAUGACUCAUUGUCCAGUGUGCCUAGUAGUUCUUCUUCCAGGAAAAAUUCUCAGGGCAGUAACAGAAGCCUGGAUACAAUCACCCUAUCAGGAGAUGAAAGAGACUUGGGGAGAUUGAAUGUGAAAUUGUUUUAUAAUUCUUCAGCAGAACAGAUCUGGAUCACAGUUUUGCAGUGCAGAGAUGUAAUUUGGCCCUCUAGUUAUGGAGAUGCUCCCACAAUUUCUAUAAAAGGAACUUUAACUUUCUCUAAGCCAGUGCAUUUCAGAUCUUCAGCCAAAGAAGCUUCCAAUGCUAUUGAAUUUAUGGAAACUUUUGUAUUUGCUAUUAAACUACAAAGUCUACAAACUGUAAGGCUUGUAUUUAAGAUUCAAACCCAGACUCCCAGGAAGAAAACCAUUGGAAAAUGUUCUCUAUCACUCAGAACUCUCAGUACACAAGAAAUGGAUUACUCAUUGGAAAUAAUACCACCUUCAAAAAUUUCUGUUUGCCAUUCAGAACUUGAACUGGGGACUUGUUUUCAAGCAGUAAAUAGCAGGAUUCAGCUACAAAUUCUUGAGGCACAAUACCUUCCAAGCUCAUCAACACCUCUGACUUUGAGUUUUUUUGUGAAGGUGGGGAUGUUUAGCUCAGGAGAGCUGAUCUAUAAGAAGAAGACACGCGUACUGAAGGCGUCCAGUGGGAGAGUGAAAUGGGGAGAAACUAUGAUCUUUCCACUCACACAGACUGAAAAGGAAAUUGUUUUCCUCAUUAAACUGUACAGUCGAAGCUCUGUAAGAAGAAAACAGUUUGUAGGCCAGCUCUGGAUAAGUGAAGACAGUAACGACAGUGACGCCGUGGACCAGUGGAGAGAGACAGUCACAAACCCAGAGAAGGCCGUUGUCAAGUGGCACAGGUUACAUCCAUCGUGAAGACUUCAGUGAAGAAACAACUUUACAGUCUUUUAGAAGAAACAUGAUUUUAGUUUUCUAAAGCUUGUAAUGCAGUCUAUCAGUUAUACAAAGUGAACAAAAUGUUUUAAAAUAGUGCCAAAACAGAAGUUAAAACAAAGGGUAGUUUUAUUAGGCCAACUAAAUAGAUUAUAAAAUCUAGGAAAAUAUCAUUCCUAGAUAGGUUUUUCUAUAUUGCUUUUGCUUUUUUUGCAUUGUUUUGUGCUUUGAAAACUUUAAUUUUGAAUACUGAAAACUUAUUUUUCAAGUAAACAAAUCCAAAUCUUUGAGCCUCUAAAGUAAACAUAGAAAAAAAGUAAGAAACAACUGAGCAAGCAGCUGCUAGCAAUCCUUCAGCAUUUCACAGGGUGGAUUUAACAGAGCUUAUCUUCGUAGUAGUAAGGAUGCAGAACUACGCACAUGGCCAUAACCUUUUGUCAUCUUGUACUAUUGGACAUUAAAACCUAGCACACUAAUCCCUCUUAGUACUAUUAGGUAUUUACAGGACUUUACCACUUGUCCUGUGCUAGGCAUGAUUGAUUAGAUCUUGGUUAUAUGGUGUAUAUCUUCAUAUGUACUUUUUCGAGCAAAAAUGAGUAGAACCAUUUCUAUUUUUUAUUUUGUAUUUCAGAAAAGUUGAUACCUAGUGCUUACAAUUUCUUAUCUGUAAGUGCAUGAUGACCUUUUUAUAAGCUGCUUAUCUCCAGGAGAAUUAGAGAAUUAUUAACAUUUUCCCAAGAAUAAAUAAGCUUGGAGCUAGCAGGAUGGCGCAGUGGGUAAAGGAGCUGUCACUGCACUGACAGUUGAGUUCCUCCAUUUCCAGAACGCAGCGUGAGAGAAGGAGAGAAGGGUGAGCCCUUCAGUUUGCUCUCUGACAUCCACAUGUAAACCAUGGUGCAUACAUGUAUACAUGCACACGUGCGCACGCGUGCACAUACACACACACACACACACACACACGCACUCCAUAAAAAAAGAAUAAAUGAAGUUUAUUUGAAAUCCAAAAUAUGCACAUUUUGCUGUCAUCCUCAUUCUUUUCCUUUAUUUGGUGUUAAAACAAAAUAUUUUAUAUUUGGGUUAACUUAAUUUAGCAAAAUUAAAUGAGCUUAAAUAGUAAAUUCAGUAGUUUUGAUCAUAAGUUCUUUGUUUUAGAUUUUGAUGUAAGUUACUUGUUCUGUAAUCUACAAUGUUAAAGUAUUUUCCAAUUUUUAAUAACCGUACCUGAUAAAAAUUUAUAGAAUGUAUAUAUUUUUCUACUGCAGGUUUUGUUUCGGUACAUAUUACAAUUUAGCCUAUGGAUAUUAUUCCUGCUUGGAUGGCCAUAAGAGUUGUAGCUAAGACAAUACAGUUUUUAGGAAGAAGCAGACAACAGUUUCUAAUAUUAUAAAGUGACUUUAUUUUUGCUAAUAAAUAAAUGAUGAGAUCUAUAUUCCUGAUCCUCCUCUCUCCCUCCCUCUUGACCAAUCUGCCUACUUGCCUCUCUCUUUCUUUGUAUCACACAAUUUAGGUCAGAGAAAUAUUUUGUUAUAAUGUAGGAAUAACCUUUUUAAUUCCAGUUCUUUAUUGUCUAGAUAUUUAAUUAGAACCUAAAUUGAACUGUUACCUAGAUAUCUUCUCAAGCUACAAAUAUAUGUAGUUUAUAUUCUCCUUGCUUCUGUUGCCUAGAUUUUAUGAUACCAGUGGCAUUAACCAGAAUUCUUUGCCAUUGUGAAUUUUGAAAAAUAAAUUUAGACUUAUGAAAAGUGGAGUACUAGUAAGUGCUCCCUUGGCCUUUAGGAAAAACAUCCUUUGUGAUAGUGAUAGUAGUUUGUAAAUUGAGAAUUAAACUUUAACUUUACUUUGUUUAAUAGAUUUUAUUUUUAAGGUUGGCACAGAAGUUUUCUACAUGUAAUCUUCUGUUGUCAACACAGGCACAACCUUCUGCACUUUGAACAUCCUGCACCCAAAUAAGGCAUUUGUCAGAACUGGCCAACCUACACCAACAUGUCAUAGGCUUGCUAUUUUUAAAAUCUAGAAUUUUAUUUUCAGCAUUUUUUGUGUUCUCCUACUUUUAAUUACUAAAGUUGAUACAUGCCAUUUAUUUAAUUCAAUUUUAAUGAUCUAAUUAAUAGUUAAGCAUAUGUAUAAUAUAAAAUUGAGGAAAAGAUAUGCUUUCUUCAUUUCCCAGUGUCCUAGAUAGCCUAGAUAAAAUCAAUACAAAGAAAAUUGUAUUUAAAAGAACUUUCAGGUGAAAAAGUAUUGAUAGGUGAAGGUUUCUGAUGUUUCAGUCUUUACUGAAGCGUUUUUCAACUGAAGAUGUACUGAAUGUAAAUGUGUAUGCUCAUUGUGUCCUUGAAAUUUUAUGUGAAAUGUAAGAAAAAAAUAGGAACCAAUAAUAAAGACCGAAAUAUUAUGCAAAAAUCAUUUUUCUUUGUAUUGGUUUGGGCUUUUCUUGACCUUUAUUUGUAACAAAGAAAAAGGAACCUAAAUGAUGCUGGGAAACCAAAUGGAAACCAAGGAAACUUCAUAAUUGGAGAGAUUAGUCAUUUAUAAACUCUGACAUUUAUAAAAUGUAUUUAUAAACUCUCAGAUAACAUAAAAGGUUACAGCCCAUGUCAACACUGUUUGGCAUUCAUUUAAUUUUACACGAUGGUAUUCUCUUUACAAUGGUUCUUUUCUUUCUUUUUUCUUUUUCUAUUAAUUAAUUGGCAUACUUGUUUACUUCCCAGUUUGUACAUAUGCCCUUAAUUUCUUGGUAUAAUAAACACAUUUCAAUUCAAAUAGCACCUUUGAUUGCUAUGCAGAACAGAAGUAAUUGGUUCUGCAAUUUACUUGCUCAGUUGCAUACAAACAACAUGCUAUAUAUGAAAAUAUAUUUGAAAAAAAGUUACUGGCUGAAUUACAGGUAUUAAAUACUAAACAUUCUAACAGUUACUGGAUGAAUUACAGGUACCAAAUACUAAACAAUUUAACAACUUAUUAUGAUUUAUUCUAUUUAACCAUCUAGGAAGUUUGAAGCCAUCAUCAGUCCAGUGGUAAUUUCAAGUGCAAUUGGGAAUUCAGGAAUUUUGAUGGAGCUGUUAGUGUAGCAGAUCUUGUAGGUAAAAUAUAUGCAACUUUUAGUAGCUCAUAUGAAGGAUUCUCUCUAAAAUUGACUUCAUUGAUUUAAUUCUCAGCAAACUAACAUGACCUUUAUUUUUAUGUUAUUAAUCCAUGUUCUAUAUUUAUAAUGAAUUCAUGACCACCUGAAGCUAUUAAUUUGAUAUACAUGGGCUUCACAGCCACCAUAGGUUUUUUACUCCAUCCAUUAUGUUAUUAUAAAAUAUUACUUUGAACCUAUAGAAACUUUGCUGGUUUCCCAUAUAUGUUCUGGGGCACUGGACGGAAUAACUUCUGCCAGAUUACAUCUGCUUUCUGCAACAGGAGGGAGAAUACUCAACAGUGUAUUUAUAAAAUCCCAGAUAACAAAGAAAGUUACAGCCCAUGUGAAAUCAUUGUUUGUCAUUCAUUCAGUUUUACCUAAUUUUUAAAGCAGAAAUCAUACAAAUGACUUGUGUAUUAAUGUCAGCUUUUCCCAGACAAUUGAGAAGAAACCAUUGGGAUUUCUGAACAUAUGUAAUUAUGGUUUAAAAAUAAACCAACCUGAAGUUUUCUUUGAAUAUAGUUUUGCAAAUUUCUUUGAUAAUAAUAAACUCAUCAGCUAGUUGGAAUCCAUUUCUAACCAAAAUUUUCAUUGUUUAUGUAUUCAUAUAUUUGCACAUGUAUGAAAUAUUUCAGAAACUUGGCAUAAAUUCAAACUUUUCUUAUCAUGGUAGAAAUGGAUAUUUCAGAUGCCUCUCUAUUCAGUGUUUGGAAAUUUAUUUAGUGUUUCUUCAGAGCAUAUCAAAAAAAGAACCAAUAAAAUGUUUAUAUCUGUGAUGACUAGGGUGAGGUUUUUUACAUUUUCUCUUGCUGUUCUAAUCAAAUGCUUUCAGUUUUAGGUGAAACACUGAGUUAAAAGAAUUUUGAAUUAAGAUGUAUCCUGUCUAUUUAUAUAGAUUUAUGAAUAAAUCAUACAGAUUUAUGAUUUUAAAGAUACUAAAAGAAUUAUUAGAGUCCUCCAAACUUAGAUUUUAUAUUGUUGUGGACAGAGGUGCGUGCUGUCUAGUUUUAGUGAUUUCCUAGUACAUUUUUUUUAAUAUUGUCAUCUAUUAAAAAAAAAUCUGAUCCUUAAAACAAAUGGUGAUAGGCAAUAUUUCCAUUAAAUAAAUAGGAACUUGGUAAAGGCAGUAGAUAACCUGGAACAAAGUUUCUUCAUGCUUUCUUAGAUGACAAAGAGGUAACUAAUCCAUGCUACACCAAAUAAAGUAUUCUUUUAAAUGGUAUUGGUAAUUAUUUAAAAUUGCUUUUAGUAUUCUCAUGUCAUGGGAUUUUUAAGGUCAUCAUUCUUUAGUUUUUUGAGGCUGGAAGAUGAUUUUUUUAAAAUCUGCUUCUUAUGAUAUAAUGAUUUAUUUUAGCAAAAAUAAGUUUGAUUGUGGUGCUAAGUUGGCCUUCAGUUUAAUUUCUUGGUUUUUCAAUUGCCUUGAUUAUAUAAUGUAUGAAGUUUUGAUCAUGAAAUAACUAAAAUUAUAAAUGAGUCACCAGAUAUGCUUAGAUUUAAUAAACCAUCGUUGUUGAUACUGA